AUGACUACCACUGCAACCCGUCAUCCAGACCCAAAAAUGAGCGAACGAGCUGAGAGCAUUCUCGCCGGGUUCAAACUCAACUGGAUGAACUUGCGUGACGCAGAGACUGGAAAAGUACUAUGGCAAAGCACCGAGGAUAUGGCGGACCCAAAAAAGGAACACAAAGCUCAUGUACCAAAGAACCUUCUCAAGUGUCGUACAGUAUCCCGUGAGAUCAACUUCACAUCAUCUGUAAAAAUCGAGAAGUUUCGACUCGAACAACGUGUUUAUCUGAAGGGAACCAUCAUCGAAGAAUGGUUUUUCGAUUUCGGAUUCGUUAUUCCUGACUCGACGAACACGUGGCAGAAUAUGAUUGAAGCCGCUCCAGAAUCCCAAAUGUUCCCGCCAUCUCUUCUCAGUGGAAACGUCGUUGUGGAGACUCUCUUCUACGAUGGAGAUCUUCUUGUUAGCACGUCAAGAGUCCGUCUUUAUUAUGACUAA